UGUUUUCUUUUUGUUAAACUUUGUGAGAGUUCUACAGUCUGGCAGUUGGAGUACCUUUCUUGCAAAGGUCUCUCCCCAGUGUGUCACGGUCAGGGAACUUAGGGCCCUUCUGUACCCAGGCAUGUGGGGUUGGUGAGUUUAUGUAGGUCAGAAUCACCGCAGGACAACCUCGCAUUCUGUGCCCUUCAUUUUUAGUUGGAGCUCUUUGGUAUUACUUAUUUUAGUCACUAAAUGUGGCUGUCCCCAGAAAAACAAUAACCUCUUCUUGGCAACUUUCUGGGUGACGAUAAGGAUAGGAGAGGUAACAUAGGAAGCUUGUAGAUUUACUUUGAAAGUCCAGAAUUGGGGUUGGGGAUUUAGCUCAGUGGUAGAGCACUUGCCUAGCAAGCACAAGGCCCUGGGUUCGGUCCCCAGCUCCGAAAAAAAAAGAAAAAAGAAAAAAAGAAAAAAGAAAAAGAAAGUCCAGAAUUGCUAGGGAAAUCCUGGGAUCCUGUGUUUCUUUCUUCUAAUGGCAACCACAGGCAACUCACUCAAAGAAGGUGCAAGGAAUCUGAUUUUUAUUCUGGCCUAUCUGGCUCUUGUUGGAUUGACAUGGUCUCAGAUUAUAAGCUAAUGACCAGUUGGUUGAGAACCUUGCUCCCUAAAUGUUCCAAUAGGGGUCAGUGAAGAGCAAAAUGAGGACAUUAUGGGUCCCUUAAGUAUUAGAAGCAUGUGAACAUUUCCAAUGCUACAGGAAAGCACAUCUUGGCCUUGGAACUCUGGGGAAAGGGAGCCUCUGAUUUUUAGAGCUACGUUAGGUAUUUUAAGUUUGGUGACACUUUCUGAGCUGGUGUUCUGGAACUGGCUUAGUCUGCUCUAUGCUAUCAGACAGCUCUGGCCACAGGUGAUAAACACACACACACACACACACACACACACACACACACACACACACACCCCUCCCUACUCUCCCCAGAUAAGGAUCCCAUGAUCGAACAAAUAGGGAUUCCACCAAAGUACAUUUUGGUGAACCAAUGAGUUUUAUUGGGGUUACUUGAAGGAAUAUGGGUAAGGGGUUAUUUACAGGAGCAAAAAUGACUCAAAGACAGCUAUAUUGCCAAAGUUUACCCUAGAAGGGUGACAUCUCACAAAGCUGGAAACCUGGAGCAUACCUUACAGACUGCAGACAAGUCAACAGGUUAGAGAGUGUCCUUUCCAGGCACUUGAGAUGAUCUAAAGGUCUUUCAGGCAGCUGGUCUGGUGUCAGUCUUCUUUGCAACUUGACUUGUCUGAGAAUCUUUGCAAUUUUGUUCCUAUUGAUUUGGGGAACCUAAAGAAUUUGGUAAGUUUCAGGGGCCUCCAGAAGCUCUUUGAAUUGUUUACCUUCCUAAUUAAAGCAUUUCUCUGGCAGAUACAAUGUUUCAAUCUCAGAAGAAACUGUUUCACAAUACCUGUCCAAGUCUAGUCUACUAAAUCCUUGGCUACACUGUUGCAAGAAAAGGUGGCCUGCUUAUCUGGGUGGGCCAAACAUCCUUAAAAAGAAAAAAGACAAAGGAGGAGCAUAAAGGGACAGUGGACUAGAGGUUAAAGGAUGUAACCACAAGUCACAGAAUGUGAGUAUCCUCUAGAAACCAGAAAAGGCAAGGAAUGGAUUCUGCCCCAGUCUUCUGGAGGUAAAAAGCCUUUCGUAUAGACCUGAUAUCAGUCCUGAAGACCUCAGAAGCCUUAUAACCCUAGAUUUGCUUCCAUAAAAAGUUUGAAAUGCUAUUAUUGCAGAGCAUCUUCUAUUUCCCUACAGUUCAUGGGUGUAUGGUUUCCACAGUAUACAGCAGGAGUCUUUACAUUCAGAAGCUCAGGAAACAUUUUAAAUCCAAUUGUUUGGAAUAACUCUAUCAUCUGCAAAAAAAUAAUAAAAUAAUUAGUAGGCUUGCAGUUUUGAAAACCAAUAAGACAGGAGCCGGAGCCCAGCUCCCAGAGCAGUUACAUUGUGUUCCUGGCUUCCAGGAGAACCAGUCUUGCAACUUCUGUGAGAUAGGCAGGCCUGGGAGGUUGUGUUCCCAUAAUCAGCAGCACUGUGUUUGGAGAAACUGCCACAGGAAGAUACACUUGGGAUAUUUUUAGGCCUGUCCCCAAAUCCCCAGUAAAUCCCAGUUAGAUAAAAAACAAGAGUGUGAAAUACAACUGAAAUUAAAUGUGAGUUUAUACUGGAACCUUGGCACCGCUACAGACUGAGUGAAACACUAAGAUUUAUCUGGAGUAUCUCACAGACUUGGAACUAAACUGUAAUAAAAUGUCAGGAGUUUUGUUUUUUCUUUCUUUUUUAUUGUUGUUUGUUUUGAGGUAGGUCUCAAUCUCUGUAGGUGAGGAGGAUCUUACACUGCCACAUCACUGUUCAUCAUCCAAGGAGUCAGGACAGGGAAACAAACAGGGCAGGAACUUGGAGGCAGGAGGUGACGCAAAGGCCAUGGAGGGGUGUUGCUUACUGGCUUGCUUCUCAGACUUGCUCAGCCUGCUUUCUUACAGAAUCUAGGACCACCAGGCCAGGGAUGGCACCACCCACGAUGGGCGUGGCCCUUCCCCAACAGUUACUAAUUAAGAAAAUGCCCACAGCCCAAUCUUACAGAGGCGUUUUCUCAAUUGAGGCUCCCUCUUCUCUGGUAACUCUAGUCUGCCAAGGGGACACAAAACUAUCCAGGACAGGAAAUAACAGAUUACCUUUUUCAUCUAUUUGACAUGUGUAUGACAUUGUAUUUGCUAUAUCAAUUCUUAUAUAUAGGCUUAGAAUAAACUUGUUAAGUGGUACUCAAUAAAUUCUUGUUGAUUAACUUAUACUGACAAGGAAUACUACCUGCACACACACACACCCACUCUACCCCAUACACACAAGUUUUCUCUGAAUACCACUCCCCUCCCCAGGCUGUCCUAGAACUCACACUUGUUCUGUAGACCUGACUACCCUUGAAAUCAGAGAUCUGCCUGUCUCUCCCUCCCAAAUGCAAAAACUGAAGUCACAAGUUUGAACUGGCUCAGACUAGCUUUGUGGGAGCUGAAUGGUCAAAUUUCAGGUGUUUUAUGACCUAAGUGACCUCACGUUGGUGAUUGCAAAGGCCAUGGAGGGGUGUUGCUUACUGGCUUGCUUCUCAGGCUUGCUCAGCCCGCUUUCUUAUAGAAUCUAAGACCCACAAUGGGCAGGGCCCUUCCCCAACAGUUACUAAUUGGACAUUUGUAAGGAAAUUGGCAAAUGCUAUUCGUCGAUCUUUGAUUUAGUAUUUGGGAAUUGUAUUCAACUAAAUGUAGAACAAUUGAAAUAUGUUCUUAUAAUUACCUCCAGAACAACUAUUUAAUAAGCCUCCAUCUCCACAGCCAAAGAUUGAAAUAGACAUCUAGACCAAAGAUCAGCAAAUCUAUUCUCACUGAAUAUUUUGGACAGGAACCAUACGGCCCACUGGACCCCUAUCUUUGGAGACAGUUGACGGAUCCUUUAUCUAGAAAAUCCCUGUCCACAUUGCCAAGGGCUCUUUAUAAUUUGAUUCUGACAGGUUAACUUCAUGGUGGUUAAUUAAUGACACCCUAUCCUGACUGUGAUGGUUAAUUUUGAUUGUCAACCUGACUAAAUACACCUAAGGCUCAUCUUUGGCUGGACCUUCCUGUGAGGUUUUUCUAGAGAAAAAUGGUGGAAUAUCUGUCAUGAAUGUAGGCAGCACUAUCUAGUGGUGUGGGUCCAGGGUUGAAUAAAAAGGCAGAGAAGAGAAAGCUGAGUGGAGGCACUUCCGUUUUCUGCUUCUUGGUUCACAUUCCUUCUAGCACAGCAGGAAGUCGAUCCCACUGCCAAGUUUCCCACACUCUGAUGGAUUAUAUUUCCUCAAACCCUGAGCCCAAAUGACCCUUCCUCCCUUAAGUCGCUUCUCAUCAGAAAAUUGACAAAAGCAAUGAAGAAAGCAACAAACACACUAAAUGCUUCAUAAACUCUGCCGUGUUGCUAAAAUUCCUUCCCAGGGGACCACACAAACAAUGGCUACCCCUUCUCCUAAAGUCUCAACAACCAACCAAGGCAUGAUUCCACCAAACUUCACUUGAGGAGCCCGAGUUUAUUGGACUUCCUUACAGAGCAUAGGCAAAGGGUUCCUUACAGGAAUGCGGGGACUCCUGUAAGGUCUUUACACAGCAGGAAUGGGGCCUUAGCCACAUAGAUGGAGCUCCCCACAACCCCCAGUCUUCUUUGACCUAUUUACUCUAGACCUUCCUUAUGGCAACUUGCAAUUAAGGCAGCAUUGUAAACAACAGGUGGUAGAGAAAGGCUGGAUACUCCGGUGACAGUCUUGGGACCCUCCCUACCACUCCAUGAAGGGGUGUGCUAGUUAGUAACGCCAGCUUGGAGGAACCUUUUCCAAGAAAGUGCAGCUAACUACCCAAGAUGGCAGUGGCUUGCUUGGCUGGGAGAACUCUUGUUCACAACAUGCCAUAUACCUCAGAGAUUUUUAGAAAUAAAAUACAAUUACAAGGGUAUUCCAUACAAACAUCAGUAAAGGUUAUCUACAGCCGCUGUAUUAGAGUAAAGAGAUCGGGUUUCUAAAGGGCAACAGAAUGAAGACUUCCAGGAGGUGGGGGAUAUGAUGUGAGAUCACAGAAAGUUAGGCAGGGAAAGGUGUGAGGGGGGCGGAAGGGGGGGAUGUCAUCAUAGAAGGCAGCCUAGGGAAGUACACAGGGAGAAUACAGCAGGAAGGAAAACCAGUCAACAGAGGAACUAAUGAAGUUGGAAGGAGAUUUUAUAUAUAUAAACAUGAGAAAAUUCCAAAAUGCUUGCUUGCUCAGUGGUGGAACUUUCUACCCCAAGAACUAACAAUUUUCUCACACCUAGACAUAAAGCUUGUAACUUCUUCCUGUGAUCGAACAACGCUGACAGAAAUGUAAGUGAUAUCAAGUGACACUUGGGUCGCCAUUUACCUUCGAAACUCUGACCCAGAUUUCAAAGGGCUCUGCUAAGAAGUGUUUAUGCAACAGUAGUUAAUCAUAGAACAGGGUUUGAUGGCCUAAGAGCAGAACUAUGGAAUGUCUUUGCAUAUUAGGGUCACGGUACACUGUCAGAGUUCACGUUUGUGCAAUGUUGAUUAACAAAGUGCCGGACUGUAUUACAUGCUAUCUUUGCGAAUAAAGGAUGUGGGAGUCACUUGUGAAUGACUUAUUUGUGCCUACAUUAUGCUGAAAAUAAGUUUUCAACCAUUAUCCCUGAUGCGAGCUGCACAGUAACGUAAUGGGACAGAAUACAAAAGGCACACAUCAGCUGGGCUUAACUCCUACCCGUUGGGUGGACAGUCCUAGGCAUUCUGUUUCUGCCCCCACGCAGCUUGGAAGACAGACAAUAUGGGUUGUCCUGUCUUCUGACCAAACCUGUUUGACUCCAUGGAGGGAAGCUCUGGCCUCAUUGAAACAGUGAGCGCCUGCGGUUGCGCUGGUGGCUCACUGGCGUCUGUUUCGUGUUCCUUUGAAGACCUUUCACCAUUGGCUUAGCUUCCAAGCCCUGAGCACAAGACAAGGCAAUCGUAACUCCUUCCACCCGGGCAAACACUACGCUUAUUAAAAUAAAGUAACUCGCCGCUAUUUUAUAAGCCAACGCCCACGGGGACCAGGUCGGGAGGAUACCGGGACCGAGAGCAAAGGGCCAGACGUUUCUAGCAAUUUCGCUGCCCGUGACGUCAUCUUAGUGCACCAUCAUGGCGUCUUCCAUGAAACCCCUGUUUAAAUGCCUUUCAAAGAAGAACGGGAGACGCGAAGUGGGUUAAGUUCCCCCGCUGUGCCCAGCGCUCCUUCGACCUGGAGGAGCCCGCGCUUCGUCCGCCGGCUAAGAAAGGAACGAGCGCCGCCAGGCCAUGAGUCGGCUCCUUCGCCAACGCGCUACCCGGCGUGCCUCGCGCAGCCGGCCGCCAGGAGUCGGCGCCGCGGCCAGCGCGUUACCCAGCGUGCCCCGCGCGGCGCCCGGCGACGAGCGUGGGGGAGGUGCGGGAGGAGGAAGCGGCGGCGACGCGGAGAGUCCCCGCGUCCACACGGCAGCCGAUCGCCCACCGGGGCCUGCACCCGCAGCCCGCGUCUACGCACCGUCGGUGGCCCCGCAACCUGUCGCGCCCCGCGGACCCGGCCGCAGCCCCCAGUGUCGCGCUCGCCUGAGUCACCGCCAUGGCCGAGAGCGCAGAGAGCGGCGGCCCACCGGGCGCUCAGGACAGUGCGGCCGACAGCGGCCCCGCAGAGCCCAAGAUCAUGAAGGUCACGGUGAAGACGCCUAAAGAGAAGGAAGAGUUCGCUGUGCCCGAGAACAGCUCGGUCCAGCAGUUCAAAGAGGAAAUCUCAAAACGUUUCAAAUCUCAUAUUGACCAACUUGUGUUGAUAUUUGCUGGAAAAAUUUUAAAAGAUCAAGAUACUUUGAGUCAGCAUGGGAUUCAUGAUGGACUUACGGUUCACCUUGUCAUCAAAACCCAAAACAGGCCGCAAGAUAAUUCAGCUCAGCAAACAAAUACCACUGGAAACAGUGUGACCAGUUCACCAGCUCCUGACAGUAACCCCACGUCUGGGCCUGCUGCUAACAGCUCCUUUGGUUUAGGUGGACUUGGAGGACUUGCAGGUCUUAGUAGCUUGGGUUUAAAUACCACCAACUUCUCUGAACUACAGAGCCAAAUGCAGCGGCAACUUUUGUCUAACCCUGAAAUGAUGGUCCAGAUCAUGGAAAACCCCUUUGUGCAGAGCAUGCUCUCAAACCCUGACCUGAUGCGGCAGCUGAUCAUGGCCAACCCACAGAUGCAGCAGCUGAUACAGAGAAACCCAGAGAUCAGUCACAUGCUCAAUAACCCAGACAUAAUGCGACAGACAUUGGAACUUGCCAGAAACCCAGCGAUGAUGCAGGAAAUGAUGAGAAACCAGGACCGAGCCUUGAGCAACCUAGAAAGUAUCCCUGGGGGCUACAACGCCUUACGGCGCAUGUACACAGAUAUUCAGGAGCCCAUGCUAAACGCUGCGCAAGAGCAGUUUGGUGGUAAUCCAUUUGCUUCCUUAGUGAGCAGUCCGUCCUCAGCAGAAGGGACUCAGCCUUCUCGAACAGAAAAUAGGGAUCCGCUACCUAACCCUUGGGCUCCACAGACUCCCCAGAGCUCUCCAGCCUCUGGCAGCACUGGCAGCACCACUAACACAGUGAGCACCUCUGCUGGCAAUGCCACCAGUACCCCGGCGGGACAGGGCACCUCAGGGCCCAACUUGGUGCCUGGAGCAGGAGCUAGUAUGUUCAACACGCCAGGGAUGCAAAGCUUGUUGCAGCAAAUAACUGAGAACCCUCAGCUCAUGCAGAACAUGCUGUCUGCCCCCUACAUGAGAAGCAUGAUGCAGUCACUGAGCCAGAACCCCGACCUUGCCGCACAGAUGCAGAACCCCGACACACUGUCAGCCAUGUCGAACCCUAGAGCCAUGCAGGCGCUGCUGCAAAUCCAGCAGGGCUUGCAGACGUUGGCCACAGAAGCUCCCGGCCUCAUCCCAGGGUUUACUCCUGGCUUGGCAGCGGGCAAUUCUGGAGGCCCUGCAGGAACCACUGCACCUAGCACUGCACCUGGUGAGGAUACGAACCCCCAAGGGGGCGCUGCUGAGCCAGGCCACCAGCAGUUUAUCCAGCAAAUGCUGCAGGCCCUCGCCGGGGUGAACCCUCAGCUGCAGAGUCCAGAAGUCAGAUUUCAACAGCAACUGGAACAGCUCAGUGCAAUGGGAUUCUUGAACCGUGAAGCAAACUUACAAGCACUGAUAGCAACAGGGGGCGACAUCAAUGCGGCCAUUGAAAGGUUGCUGGGUUCCCAGCCGUCAUAGCAGCAUUUCUGUAUCCUGAAAAAAUGUAAUUUAUUUUUGAUAACGGCUCUUAAAUCUUUAAAAUAACCUGCUUUAUUUCAUUGGGAUUCUGUGCUGUUGUAAAGGAAACCAAUAGGAAGUCUCUGGAGGUGGAGUGCAGUAAGAUGUGCGGGUUUCUGUGUCUUUGGAACAGUGGGAAUCGAUGUCUCUGGUUAAGGCCGCUGCAUGCGUCAAACACUUGGCAUUUGUUGUAAUCUUUUAAACAUCACCUUUUCUAAUUGGGUGAACACAUUUUUGUCCUGCAUCUGUCCAACUAACUUGCUUUUUAAACAUAGCCCUCUGGUAGUAAUUUAUGUAGAAUAAAGGCAUUAAAAAGCAGAUCAUUUGCGCUCCAUGGUUUCUGGUACAACAUUGCUGAUGUGACUUUGGCAUGCGCUUUGCAAACGCUGCCGUAAGGUUUCUACUGCUGACAGUUUUCUCUAUUUGUAUACAGAACCAAUUACUGCACAUUUCUAGGCAUCUAAGCAAAAUUUCUGUAACCGAAAAAGUACGAUAAGGAUUCCUAAGUGUGUAGAAUCUUGCAGCACCUUUGAUAAACAUCUCUCAGCAGAAGUGCCAUUUAGUCAGUGUGGAAAAUAAAGAAAAACUAAUUCUGGUUAUCUCUUUAGGGACAUUUAAUUGUACAGGCAACAUAAUGUAAGGACAUCUCAACAUUCUAUAAUGGCUGUAAAUUACCUUUAUUUGUGCCGACUGAAGGAGCACGUGCCACACUCUGUCUGUACCACACUCUCUGCUGGGUUUGCUGGGGCUUCCUGCUCCCCGCAGGGUCUAAGCAGCACUGGGGUAUUGAGACGUCGCUUUCACUGGAGGUGCUUAUGCUUCCGGUUGGUUGGCGUAUAACGGUAGAGCUCUCUUGGGUUUACCAGCUUUCUCAUCCAUAGGCAAUACCUGGAUCUUAAAUGAUUAGUGAGCCACUCGUCUCUCAGUGUUUGGCUAGUUCUAUAAAGAAGUAGUUUAAUGUCUUGCUGUUCGGAGCCUCGGAAGGGGGUGGGGGAGGGUUGAGACAGAAUCUGUGCUGGAUUGGGCCAGCCUGAACUAGGUAAUACCGGCAACUCUGAUUCUGUGAAGAUUCUAUGCAUACGGUAGUGUCGGUCGGGUGGAAAAGAGCCGUUUUAACAAUUUUCAGUAAGUUUGGCUGUUCUAUAGCCCCUUUCUUCCUUCCCCAGAGACGUUCUGCUUGCCUGACUCUCACACUCUUGGGGUGAUACAUUCCUUUGGGACCAGUUAAAAUACAACGUUAGGGUCAGUGAUGUAUGUGACUGACUCUGGUUCAGUAUUCUCUUAGGUCACUGUGUUCUCUCUUGUAUGGUUGCCCGAAAUUAUAAUGUUAAAUAAUCUAGAAUGAGUUCAGACAAGUAAAAUCAAGGGAAAUAGAAGGUGAAUUCUGUAACUUCUGUAAGUCGCUUGAUACUAAAAGGUUGAGAGGCAGGUUGGCCCCAGGCUGUACACUUUUCUGACACUUUCUCCAGGAAGAAAACAUGGAUAAAGGUCGGGGUGGAGGCGUGACUGAGGAGGUCGGCACAGUGUGCACAUGUCUGCUCUCUGCCUCACGCCUCAGUCUGUCUGGUUGAAAGACUUUGUACGGGUGAAUGGUAAUAUACUGGUGGGGCAGUGUCAAAAGCAGUUUGAUUUAUUAAUCACCAAAUAACAAUAAACCUCCAGCUUUUA